AGGAGCAGACUCCCUCAUCUUUCCCCAAGCCUAGGCAGGACCAUCCAGCACCAUGAGCAGGCAGAAGGACGUUCUGGCAGCCGUCGGGCAGAGGCUGAGGAUCAGGAACAAGCUCGUCCGGCAGGCCCUGGCCGAAUGCCUGGGCACCCUGAUCUUGGUGAUGUUCGGUUGUGGCUCUGUGGCGCAGAUUGUGCUCAGCAAAGGAAGCCACGGACACUUUCUGACCGUCAACCUGGCGUUUGGCUUUGCUGUGACACUUGGGAUUUUGAUCGCUGGACAGGUUUCAGGCGGCCAUUUGAACCCGGCAGUCACCUUCGCAAUGUGCCUCAUGGCCCGGGAACCGUGGAUCAAGCUGCCCGUUUACGCCAUUGCGCAGACCGUGGGAGCGUUCCUCGGGGCAGGCAUCGUCUUUGGCUUGUACUUUGAUGCCAUUUGGGCAUUUGCUGGGAACCAGCUUUUGGUACUGGGUCCCAACGGCACCGCGGGCAUUUUCGCUACCUACCCGUCUGAGCACUUGAACUCUGUGAACGGAUUCUUUGACCAGUUCAUCGGCACCGCAGCUUUGCUGGUCUGUGUCCUGGCGAUUGUGGACCCCUACAACAACCCCGUGCCCCGCGGCCUGGAGGCGUUCACCGUCGGCUUCGUCAUCCUGGUGAUCGGCACCUCCAUGGGCUUCAACUCUGGAUACGCCGUCAAUCCCGCCCGAGACUUCGGCCCUCGCCUCUUCACGGCCAUCGCCGGCUGGGGCUCGGAGGUCUUCACCACCGGGCGGCACUGGUGGUGGGUUCCCGUGGUCGCCCCGUUCCUGGGCGCCGUGGCUGGCGUGGCCGUCUACCAGCUGAUGAUCGGAUGCCACGAUGAACCACGCCUGGAAGCCAAUGAGGAGGAAACCGUCAAACUGUCCAACGUGAAGCAGAGAGACAAUGUGUGAGGCCUCCGGGGGAAGCGCCUUGCCCCUUUUCGUGCCUACGGACAAUUUUUGAAUGCACAUACAAAGGACAUUAAUCACCAACGAGAAGAGGAAGAGCGACAAGGCAGACGCACGGCGGGAGCUCUGGGUUGGGGUUUCCUUUGCCCGCAUUGAGUUAGUUUUCUUUGUCCCUGGUUUCUUUGCAUACCCUUGACUCUGCUUUAGAAGUUGCAUAUCCAGCUGCACGCCUGCGCACUGUUGUGCGAGUGUGACCUUCCUCAGCUUGUGCUGGGAACCGUGUGACCCUAGUGGCGAAAGCCCCAGAAUGGGCUGUUGUCCAGCCAGCGCCUUGGGCUUCUUCCCUCGCCCAGUGCCGGCAGGUGUGCAGCUGUGGAGAUGGCUUUGUCCGAAUCUUUGUACUUAGUUCUGGGGCCACUGGGUAGGUUUGGGCUGGGAAGCGGAUUAUGCGGUAGCUGCCUAUCAGCGCACGGGCCUGAGUCCUCGGGCACCUUGACUGUGCUGCACUGGAGUCCAUCUCUGCACAUUUGAACCGGGGAAGGGGCCCAGCUUUUCAACCAUUUCCUCAGAAGAAGCGGCCACAGAAGGAAGGAGCGGGGUUUCCGGAUUAGAGAUGAGCAAGGCAAAUCUUCCCCAGGAACCGCCGCUGAGGAAAACGUUGAUUUACAGGUGUUCUGAAGUGUGCAAGAUGCAUGACAAAGGUGUCCCUGUGGCUCUUUGGAGCCCGCCACUCAGAAGCCAUCCAGCUUUGAUAAGCAUAUAUACACGCAUGCAAGUCCUUUGCUUCAGGCCAAUUUUUUUUUCUUUCCUUUCUCUUACCACAUUUAUUAAAACAUCCCCAGAGAGUGACCUCUAGGUUCCAUUCACACCCUCUGGGUUACAUCUGUCACAAAGCUGAGCAAGCUUGUAAUUAGUGGACCUCACAGCAGCCCGCUAAUUGCGAGCAUGAAUGGGGGCUGAAUUGUUCUCCGAAGGCUUUUCUUGCGCUAAAAACUAAUUCUUCCCUCCAUGGUAAUUGUGCAGUGCAGAGGACACUGGAGGAAAGUACCGCAAGGAGCCAUUCCCGGUAGGACGCCACUUCCCAGCAUGCAUUGGUGCAAAGCAGAUGCGCUUGGCACCCGGGACCAGCUAGGCAGAGUCACCCUUUCCUUGUACAGAUACCUCUCCGGGAAGCUCAAAAGCAGACCAGCACUUUGAUGGCACAGUUUGGAAGCUGGACUCUCCUUUCGUAUACACCGGGGUGGCUCAAACCCUUUCCGCAUGGCAUACAAGGCUGCCCAACAUUUCUUUUGGGAUGCUUCCUUGCUGGAAAAGAAGCCGUGCUCACACUGGCUCUUUGGGAAGGGAGAGCUUGGUUUGCAUGCUUCCCGCUCCAGCUGCACUGAGCUAAUGCAACUUCUUAUGGAUCACAGAGCUACCACAGCCUGGGUGAAUCUUGUCUCCGACGACUCCCGAGGGCUCCCCACAGUCCCAGGCAGCUAAGGGCCCUCCUCAGCCCUGCUUCUCAAAGUCCUGCUUCCUGCAUAGGCUUGGGGUCUGUGCUUUCAGGUAGCUCAUCUAUUUGUGAUGCCAACUUGGCCGCCUGGUCAACUUCACCACCUGGAGUUGUGGAGGGGCGGAACAGAUGACACCAAGUUGGCUUCUUUUCUGGGGGGAGCACAAAUCAUUCCCCCCACACUCCAGUCCCUCAGUGUUAAUCCGCAGGUCAUUGAAAAGGUGCCUCAGCUUUUUCAUUAGGGGACAGAAGUGCAUUGGGGGAAAGGUUCCGUUGUAAGAGAGGACAAACUUCCUUGUACCUGGGCUUUCCAAUCUGAUGCAUACCUGUAACCGGACGUAUAGAUCCUGCAGAAUUUGUAAAGUCUCUACCAUUUGUAUUGUAUUUACAUUUUUUAAGAUAAAAUAAAUUCAU